GGAAACUGCAAACCCCUGCUAGGGUGUCCCUCUGUACCUUCUUCAAAUGAAGCUGUACAUUCAUUUUAUUCCUUCAAUAUCAAUUUUCAUGAUUUUUCUUUUUCUGCUUUAACAAGACACCGUACCUUCAUGCCCAUGUUACAGUUAUCAGUAGCUUUCACUCUAGCUUUUGAACCAUUCACACAGAGAGAGAGAGAGAGAGAGAGAGAGGGUGUCUGUCAUAUUCUGCUGACACAGAUUUGGUAACUGACUAAGAGGAUUCUCUCAAUAGAAAAGUUUGUUAGCCUUGUCUUCUAGACAUCCCCACAAGCACAGACACUGUUAAAAAUAGGUUGAGAUAAAAGGCCACACAGAGGCAAGUGUUAGGGGGAGAGAGAGAGAGAGAGAGAGAGAGAGAGAGAGAGGAAACAUGUCAGCUCUUGAAACAGCAUUGCAUUGGCUUAGGCCCCUUGUUGAGUCCAACACCUGGGACUACUGUGUUGUUUGGAAGCUUGGAAAUGACCCAUCAAGGUUCAUUCAAUGGGUUGGUUGUUGCUGUGCUGGUGCUUGUGCUUGUGGUGGUGAGCUUGUUAAUGUCAAAGAGGAAAGUGGAGAUCAGAAACACCACUUGUUUCCCCUUUGUAGGGAUUGCAAGAUCAAGCAUUCUGCUAAGACCAAGGCUUGUGAGAAACUUUCCCAUUUUCCUUCUUCCAUGGCUUUGUAUUCUGGGAUUCAUGGGGAGGUAGUAAUGUCAACAGAAGCAAGGUGGAUUAGAUGUGCCAAGGACUCCAAUUCAAGUGAUCACUUGCAUGUGGAAUCAACUGGAACUGAACUGUUGAUUCCCGUUGUUAAUGGUCUUAUCGAGCUCUUUAGCACAAAGCACAUCCCAAAAGAUGAAAAGAUAGUAGAUUUCAUUACUUCUCAGUUUAACAUCAAUAUUAAGCGAGAAAGCGUAACUGCACAGAGCUAUUCCACCACUUUGAACCUAAGCAAACAACCCCAUGAUCCACUGGUUGGUGAAUACUUUAACAGUUUUAUUCCUAGGCUCCCAUUUCUUUCCCUGGUAUCUCAACCCGCCACCUAUCCUUGCUUUGAAGGAUCAUCCACUGGUUCUAGUCCUUCAAACCAACACUCAUCGUUCUGUUCUGGUUCCGGUCAUGUGUCCCCAAAUGUGUCGGUGAAUGAAUCAAUCGAAAAAUACCCACCAUCCAAAAAGCAAGAGGAGUUGGGUAUUUUGGGGCAUGCCAAUCAUUUGGUUGAGAAAGAUAGUUUGAAAUCUAAGCAGAGGAUAGAAAGGGAACAAUACCAAUCAAAGAAUUUGGUUACAGAGCGAAAGAGGAGAAACCGGAUUAAAGAUGGGCUCUUUACUCUACGCUCUUUAGUCCCCAAGAUAUCCAAGAUGGAUAGAGCUUCAAUACUUGGAGAUGCAAUCGAGUACAUAGAGGAUUUGCAGAAGGCGGUGAAGAAACUUCAGGAUGAGCUCAGGGAGAUGGAAAAAGAGAAAUUUAACGAGGAAAGUGAUGAGUUGGAGAUGCCAAAAUUGAAUGCUAGCACUGAGCACAACCAAGAUCCGUCUACUGUUGAUGAAAAUGAACAAAUGGAGGAGCAAGUGGAAGUAAAGCAGAUUGGCAUGAGAAAUUUCUUGCUCAAGUUGUUGUGCAAGCGAAAGCAAGGAGGGUUUAGGGGGCUGAUAGAGGCUGUGAAUUCUUUAGGACUUCAAGUGAUUGAUGCCAAUGUCACCACAUUCAAUGGCAAGGUCUUGAACAUUCUGCAGUUGGAGGUAAACAAAUUGGGGGUUGAAGUUCAACAGAAGAGUUUGAGAGAUUCAUUGAUCAAGCUAACAGGUAACAACAAGACAUCUCAAGAAUACACCAUGGAGUGUCCAUAAAGAGAAGAAGUUGACACGAGUAUAAAAUGGAAUAGUUGAGAGGACAUGUGGCAUCCUCCUACUCAUUUGGAGGUUAUGAGAAGUUAUGAAAUGUGAAAAGAUGAUGGAGAAUAAAGUGGAGAACAUAGACCAUAAAUUGGAGGUUAAAGGAAGUUAUGAAGACAUGGAGGGAUAUGUGGCAUUAUGGGAAUGGAGAUGGAAGAGUGGGUAGUUUUAAGUGGUUAUUGGGUAGUUAUUGCUGGAAGUUUUUUUCCUACAAAUAUUUGUCUAUAAAUAGCUAGAAUUCAAAUCAAAGACAAUUGAUUUCAA